AUGCUUCCUCUCCGCCGUCGGUCGCGCCGCUGGAUUUCACUCGUUUCUCCCCUGCUCGGCUUUGUGAUUCUCUUCCAGUUGUUGAGGGGCCCGCAAUGGAGUCUCUUUGCCCAAGAUAACACUGUAGCUCACGAAGAUGAUGGCGACUUUCUGUGUCCUCCCAUGCCGGGCAUCGAUGAUGUCCUGGUAGUGCUGAAAACCGGCGUGACAGAGGCCCUGGAAAAAGUCCCCGUUCAUCUGAGGACGACGUUUCGCUGUAUCCCACAUUACGUGAUCUUCUCCGAUUUUGCCGAGAAAAUUGGCGGCGUCCAGGUACACGAUGUCUUGCGUAGCGUCGACGAUGAGGUGAAACAGAACGUCCCGGAUUUUAAUCUCUAUAAUCGUCUGCAACUGUACGGGCGAACGGGUCUCUUGCCCAGCGACAACACGCAGGAAGAAAACGGCGCGUUUGGAAUGCCCAACAAUCCCGGCUGGAAGCUGGACAAGUGGAAGUUUCUGCCCAUGAUCGACGAGUCACUUCAGAGGAAGCCCGACGCCAAAUGGUUUGUGUUCAUGGAAGCAGACACUCACAUCGAGUGGCCCAAUCUGAUGGCCUGGCUGGCCCGGCUGGAUCCGGACCAGCCUCUCUACCUGGGAACGGAGACGCAGAUCGCAGACGUGUUGUUUGCGCACGGGGGCUCUGGCUUCAUCAUUUCCAAUCCGGCGAUGCGACUGGUGUCCGAAUACCGUCGCUCGCGGGUUGCUGAGCUGGACGAGUACACGGACGGCCACUGGGCGGGGGAUUGCGUGCUGGGCAAAGUGCUGGCCGACGCCGGCGUCCCUCUCACCUUCUCGUGGCCGCUCCUGCAGAACUCGCGCCUGGGCGAGGUCGAACCGCUCACAAACGCCUUCUACCGGCAGCCGUGGUGUUACCCCAUCGUGGGCUUCCACCAUCUGACCCCGCUCGACGUCGAGCAGAUGUGGCGUUUCGAUCAGGACUGGUUUGUCAAGAGAAAACACGGGCUCCUUCUACACUCGGACGUCUUUCGAGAACGCAUCUUUCCCGAGAUCACGAUCGGGUCCCGGACAGACUGGGACAAUCUCUCGUUGGACGAGCAGCAAGAAAUCGCAUCCGUCGAAGAUUGCGAGACGCGAUGCCGUCUUGACCCGGACUGCAUGCAGUACUCCUUCACCCACAGCGAAGAAGAAGACGGUUUGCCCAAAUGUCUCACGUCCAACUCGCCGAGGCUGGGCAUUAAAAAGCCCGGUGUCCAGUCCGGGUGGAUGGUGCAACGCAUCAAUGCCACCGUGAAUGCUAAGGGUGUCUGCGACGAAGCAGUUUGGGACUAA